CGUUAUUGUUCAGAAUUGUAGCGGAGCCGACGGGUAACAUUGUAGCUGUGAACGCCCCCUCCGGCUUUCUGCCUCCUUCGGAGCGACGCCUUCCAGCCCAGUUGAGUUCACCGGCGCGGCGGCAGCGGUGGCGGCGGCGGCGGCGGGAGCAGCAACAUGCCGAUCAACAGAUCUGAAAAGCCAGACAAAUCUGAUAAUUCUGAUAAUGUCAAAGUUGUGGUUCGUUGCCGGCCGCUCAAUGAGCGGGAGAAGACCAUGUGUUAUAAAAUGGCUGUCAAUGUUGAUGAAAUGAGAGGCACUAUUACUGUGCAUAAAACAGAUUCUUCCAAUGAACCUCCCAAGACAUUUACUUUUGAUACUGUAUUUGGGCCGGAGAGCAAGCAACUCGAUGUCUAUAACUUGACUGCAAGGCCAAUUAUUGACUCCGUGCUGGAAGGUUACAAUGGUACCAUUUUUGCUUAUGGACAAACGGGAACAGGAAAGACUUUCACUAUGGAGGGUGUCCGGGCUGUACCAGAACUCAGGGGAAUCAUUCCCAAUUCCUUUGCUCAUGUAUUUGGACACAUUGCAAAAGCUGAAGGAGAUACAAGGUUUUUGGUUCGAGUUUCUUACUUGGAAAUCUACAAUGAGGAAGUUCGUGACCUCUUGGGAAAGGACCAGACACAGAGGCUAGAGGUUAAAGAACGACCCGAUGUAGGAGUUUAUAUCAAAGAUCUUUCAGCCUACGUUGUAAACAAUGCAGAUGACAUGGAUAGAAUUAUGACUCUUGGCCAUAAAAACCGUUCUGUUGGUGCCACUAAUAUGAAUGAGCACAGUUCCCGUUCCCAUGCUAUCUUCACAAUCACAAUUGAGUGCAGUGAGAAGGGAGUAGAUGGGAAUAUACAUGUGCGUAUGGGCAAGCUACAUCUAGUAGAUCUUGCGGGUUCGGAAAGGCAAGCAAAAACUGGAGCUACUGGACAACGACUGAAAGAAGCAACAAAAAUCAACCUUUCUCUCUCCACCCUUGGGAACGUCAUCUCGGCGCUGGUGGAUGGAAAGAGCACUCAUGUGCCUUACCGUAACUCUAAACUGACCCGGCUGCUCCAGGAUUCUCUUGGCGGCAACUCCAAAACUAUGAUGUGUGCAAAUAUUGGCCCAGCAGACUACAAUUAUGAUGAGACCAUCAGCACUCUGCGAUAUGCUAAUCGCGCUAAAAAUAUCAAGAAUAAGGCUAGAAUUAAUGAAGAUCCAAAGGAUGCCUUACUUCGCCAAUUUCAGAAAGAAAUAGAAGAACUUAAGAAAAAGUUGGAAGAAGGGGAAGAAAUCUCUGGCUCUGAGACCAGUGGCUCUGAAGAGGAUGAUGAAGAGGAUGAUGGGGAAAUCGGUGAAGAUGGAGAAAAACGAAAGAAACGAAGAGGAAAAAAGAAAGUUUCUCCUGACAAGAUGUUGGAGAUGCAGGCCAAAAUUGAUGAAGAAAGGAAAGCACUUGAAACAAAGCUCGAUAUGGAAGAGGAAGAAAGGAACAAAGCUCGGGCAGAACUUGAGAAAAGGGAGAAAGAUUUGCUUAAAGCACAGCAAGAACAUCAAUCACUAUUAGAGAAAUUGUCAGCUUUGGAAAAAAAAGUGAUUGUGGGAGGUGUGGAUUUGUUGGCUAAAGCUGAGGAGCAAGAGAAACUUCUGGAAGAAUCUAACAUGGAGUUGGAGGAACGAAGGAAAAGGGCAGAGCAACUCCGAAAAGAGCUGGAGGAGAAAGAGCAAGAGCGUUUGGACAUUGAAGAAAAAUAUACCAGCCUGCAAGAGGAAGCUCAAGGAAAGACUAAGAAGCUGAAAAAAGUGUGGACAAUGCUCAUGGCAGCCAAAUCAGAGAUGGCAGACCUGCAGCAAGAGCAUCAAAGAGAAAUUGAAGGUUUACUGGAGAACAUUCGACAGCUUAGCAGAGAGCUUCGUCUUCAAAUGCUUAUAAUUGACAACUUUAUACCUCAGGAUUACCAGGAAAUGAUUGAGAACUAUGUUCACUGGAAUGAAGACAUUGGAGAAUGGCAGCUGAAAUGUGUGGCAUAUACCGGAAAUAACAUGAGAAAACAGACUCCAGUGGCAGAUAAGAAAGAAAAAGAUCCCUUUGAGGUGGACCUUUCCCAUGUAUAUCUAGCUUACACUGAAGAGAGCUUGAGACAGUCUUUGAUGAAACUAGAAAGACCAAGAACAUCAAAAGGAAGAUCAAGGCCCAAAACUGGCAGAAGAAAACGCUCUGCAAAAUCAGGAGCCGGUAUUGAUUCGCUGCUUCAAUAGGCCAAAACAAUUGGGGAUUUUAGUAAAAAAAAUGCUUGUGUGGCUUAACACCUGGCCCAAUAUUAUUAGCCUGCAGUUGUUACCCAAGACAAUAAGAAAACAGUUUUUUUUCCUGUUGGGUUACUCUUACAUCUUCUGUUAUGCUAAUGUAUUAAUUCAGAUUCAACAACAUGGGGUUUGUAAACUUGUCAUUGUUAUGAAUUCCAAUAGGCAUUGUACAAAAAGCAGCUGUUGGGAAUAUCUUUGUAUUUUAGAUUGGUGUGUAUUCAGUGGAAAAGAUGGUAUAUGUGUCUGUUUAAAUUUGAAACAUAUUAGCCAUAUUAUAAGUAAACCAACAGAUUUCUGUAGCCUGACAUAUACUUUUUCUUUGCUAUAGACAUUACUCCCUGUUUGCACAGCUGCAGAUUUCUGAGGUUUUUUUACAUACAAAUAGUUAACAAUUGUUAUAAAAUCUGGGAAUUCUUCAUGCAUUUUAGGCAUCUUCUACCAUAUCUGUAGAGAAUUUCCAUUUACUUUAGCAUAUGUGCAUAUAUUUGGUAAUAUGCAAAGAUGAACUGUUAUAAAAUAAUGAUGUUGGAUUUAUCUGGGGUGGAUGGCAGAGAUAAAGGAAUCCUUGAGAUUUCUAUUGUGGAAAGUAACACAGUCUUCUUCAAAUAUAGAUGUUUGAUUUACAAGAAGUUCACAGAGAUAAUUUUAAAGAUAAUGUCACUACAUGCUUUUUCAUUUAUAACACUAACAUUUGAAGAGAGUAAGAGAAAUAUUUUAGGAAAUAACUUUGGUGUUGACAAACAUUUCUGUGGAGAAACAAUGCAAAUCUCAGAAUGACAAUUGUUAAACCAAGGGGUGCUUGAGCACUGACACACUGGCAUGUGUGUUAUAUAUUUAAUGAGUUUUUAUCUGCUCUUCCUAGAUCAGACCUCAAUAACAUAAAGUCCAUAGGAGCCCUACUCCCAUGGUACUAUUAAGUAGCACCCACAGAAUUCCUAAAUUAAACACAAAAGCCUUAAAAUGUGGUAGAAAUCUUGGAAAUUUGGUUCACACUUUAAUGAUUUUGAUGCUAAUGUCAUCACAAUUCAACAAGUAUUUUAAGGAACUGAAGCAUCAUACUUUUUUAUCAUUCAGCAUAUUUGGUUGAUUCCAACUAAUUUCAAAUUCAGUGUUUUAUUUAUGAAGAUAUGCUGCUGCUACCCACGGAUUAUUUUAUUUGCAUUUAUAUGUCACAAUGAGAAUUCUGGAGAUACCUGUUAACUGUAUAUAUUUGAAAAGGCUUAAUUUUAAUCUGAUACAUUGUGAUUUGCAUUUGAAAAGCUGUGCUAGUAAAUGCUCUAAAGAAAAAGAACUUAGAUUAUACUUUGGUAACAGGAUUUCCAGUAGCUGUUAUUGAAUUUUAUAGAUUGCACCUGAUUGCUAUAGAUGAUCUCUGCUUUUUUUAAUCUCAAUUGAAUUUAUCUCAGUGUCAACAAAGGUACAAUUGAUGAUGCAUAUGGAACAAAGGUGUGGGUGCAGGAAAAAGAAUGAACACGAGGGAAGAAUACAACCUUCUAAAAUAAAAGCUAUUCACUUUUGAACAUUACUAAGCAAAGUUUACUUACGGAAUAUAAAUACAUAGUUGAUAGCUUUUUAGAUUUAAAAGCAAAAUAUCCUAGUGUUUUUCAAAAGCAACAUUCUGGAUUUGGCAGAGUUAGGAAUGGUGUUUCCCGUGGCAGGGAGUAAGAAUACAUAGUGGUGCUUCCAUUGAUGUGGGGAAGUGAUGACCUGCUGGAUGAUGUUGGAACACCAUUUCCUAGCAUAUCCAGUGAUCAUUAACACAGCCUUUGUUCUCUUUGUUGUCACAUGACAUAUUGUGACUUUCCCCCUUUGCUAAAAUGAGUGGCCGUGGCCAGCGCCUGAUGCAGGCCUCGAAGUUUGACACCCCUGUUCUAGAGGCAGGAUGCUGAUGAAGCUGCUCUUAGCUACAUUACUUUGCUUUCUUCGUAGCACACUGAAGCAGCUUCAGAGGAUGCAGGUUGGAGUUAGCUGAAAGUGGCUUUCAAGGCAUCCGAAAACUUUGAAAAUGACUCAUCUUGCCUUAACAAUUCAAAAAGAGAUGUCUGUGUUGUGGAUCACCACUUUCAAAGGCUUUAAACAGCCCUGUCAUAAAAUCAGAAUUCAGGAGACUCAUUUAAUUAGUCAAACUGAGCUAAAGCUUUUAUUGGUCCUGGUUUUUUUCUGUUACGACAUUUAAAGUCAUUUGUAUGUAUAGCGAAUCCCUUUGUUCUUUAAAGUCUUACCUGGUUUUUGCAUUCCAAGCUGAGCAGGGAAAAUGUCACUGUCUCAUUGCAGUUAGUUACCUUUCCAGUUUAAACUAAUGACAACUGUUUCUUGCAACCAGUACUGCAUAUAUUAGGAGAAAAAGAUGUAAAAAUUUGUCCCUAUUUAUUGUUUUGCUAACUUCUUUAACAUUUCAAGGUUAUGGUUUUGUUGUAUGCAAGGUGUGUUCUUGUUAAUGUACAUACUAGUAAAAUAUAUUGACAGUUAAACAUAUUGGUGCCAAGAAAUAAAUGUCUUGGAUCCUCCUAUAGUUGUUUCCAUCUCCCGCAUCUGUUCAUAUCUUUAUGAGCAAACUAGCUCUUGUGUCAAUUUGUCCUUAUUUUUUUCCUGCACCCUACAUUUCUGAAAGAAACACCAAUUCUCUGGAGCCAACAGAAGGCAUAUUGAAGAGAGGGGUCUCUCUUUGACAGUAGGUUUUUAGUUAUGGGGACACGGUGGCUCGGUGGCUAAGACACUGAGCUUGCCGAACGAAAGUCGGCAGUUCAGCGGUUCAGAUCCCUAGUGCCGUGUAACAGGGUGAGCUUCCAUUACUUGUUCCAGCUUCUGCCAACCUAGCAGUUUGAAAGCAUGUAAAAAAUGCAAGUAGAAAAAUAGGGACCAUCUUUGGUGGGAAGGUAACAGCGUUCUGUGUGCCUUUGGCGUUUAGUCAUGCCGGCCACAUGACCAUAGAGACAUCUUCAGACAGCUUUUUGGCUUUGAAAUGCAGAUGAGCACCACCCGCUAGAGUCAGGAACAACUAGCAUUUACGUGCAAGGGGAACCUUUACCUUUACCUUUGUUCAGUUGGGGCCAGUAAAGAUCAUUUUGCCAGAUUUGUUAAUCCUCUCCUGGAAGAGCAUAUAAUAUAGGUCAGUGGUGAAAUGUAAAAAUUUGUUACUACCGGUUCUGUGGGUGUGGCUUGGUGGUGGGUAAUGUGACUGGGUGGGAGUGGUCAACUUUUUUUUUUUACUUUUAAAAGCAUUUUUCGGCCGAAGAGGUUGUAAAAAACUGCUUUUAAAAGUCUGACGAUCCCAGCUGAGUUGCCUGAUGUUCAGAGGCUUUUUUUUUUAACUUUUAAAAGCAUUUUUUCGGCCGAAAAAAUUGAAAAGUAAAAAAAAAUAAAACCUCUGAUGAUCGUGAGGCUCAGCUGGGCAUGGGCAGUGGCGGAGGGCAGGGAUUUUUGCUACUGGUUCUCCGAACCACCCACCGCCAUCGCUACCGGAUUGAGCGAUCUGGUCUGAACCAGGAGCAUUUCACCCCGAUAUAGAUCAUCUUUUUUUUUUUUUUGUUUACAUUUAUAUCCCGCCCUUCUCCGAAGACUCAGGGCGGCUUACAGUGUAUAAGGCAAUAGUCUCAUUCUAUUUUGUAUAUUUUUACAAAGUCAACUUAUUGCCCCCCCAACAAUCUGGGUCCUCAUUUUACCUACCUUAUAAAGGAUGGAAGGCUGAGUCAACCUUGGGCCGGGCUCGAACCUGCAGUAAUUGCAGGCUACUGUGUUCUUAAUAACAGGCUUUACCAGCGUGAGCUAAACCGGUGAGCUAAAUCUUCAACUUACUACAGUUCGUUUAGUGACCGUUCAAAGUUACAACAGCACUGAAAAAAAUGACUUACGACCAUUUUUCACACGGUCCUCAUGGGCAUGUGAUCAAAAUUUGGGAUGCUUGACAACUGGCUGAUAUUUACGAUGGUUGCAAUGUCCCAGGGUCAUGUGACCUUCUGACAAGCAAAGUCAAUGGGGAAGCCAGAAUCACUUAACAGCUGUGCUACUAACUUAACGGCUACAGUGAUUCACUGAACUGGCUAGAAAAGUCAUAAAAUGAGGUAAAACUCAUUUAACAAAUGUUUGUAAAGCAAUUUACAGACAUAAAUUUUGGGGUCAUUUUGUGGUCGUAAGUCAAGGACUACCUAUAACAGGUCCUUUAGACACACCACUCUGUUAAGAUUUGCAUCUUUCACUCAAGCUUAAUUAGCACCAAAACUAGAUGUUUUACAGCUGGUUUCUCUGGUAAACACUGUCACAGAAAGAAAAUUAGAAACAUAGGCAGAAAAUAUUGAAGGCACAGAUGACUAUGCAAAGAAUAUAGCAAAAAUGUAUAUAAUUUUUACAACUGAGAGGGAGAAAAGAAGGUUUGUAUUACUAUGCACAGCAGUUAGAAACCAUUCAGUCAUAUUUGCAAAAUAUGAAGAGGUGAAAUUAUUUUCAUUAUUGUAUGUUUUGAAUAAAAUAGGUAGAAACCCCUGAAAUUCUCUUUUGGUUAUAUUUUCAGAACCUUAAAACAUGUACUAUGACAGAAGGCUAGUUCUGAUGUGCAGCUGUGAUAAGACAAAAAGUCAUUGUGAAGACCAUUAUGGAUUUAUUUAUUUAUUAAUUUAUUUUAUUUAAAAAAUGGUAAGAAAGCUUUUCCCCAUGGAGGUUUACAACCCAUUUCAAGAUGAAGACACAAAAUUAAAGUUAACAAAAAACCAAUAAUUAAAAAUAUCAGCUGCACGCAUUUUAAAUAUUUAUAUAAAUCUAUAUAUAAAUGGAAUACAUUAGACCUAUAAAUAUUAAAUAUGAACCAUGUGGAUUUUAUCACUCCUGGAUUCAAGAAAACAAAUUUCAAAACUGAUUUUCAUUUAAACCUUACAAAAAUAAAUUUCAGCUACAAAAUAACGAAGAUUUGUUAGUGGGUAGUAAACAUCCAACAUCUCUCCAACCUUAUAAAUGGAUCUGAAAAUCAUUUUACAUAGAUGAUUUUUUUUAAACAAAAAGGUAUACAGUGUAAUCAGGAUAGCGUACAGUAUAUGCAAAUACAAAAGCACCAUCACUAUAUUCAUUUCCUGUUCAUAACAGAACUACUGCAUUUAGUUUCUGCAGACAAGUGAUUCAAACAAAGACUCUGAGAAGUAUCAUAGAUUAGAUUUGCACAGUACUAUAAUUAUUAGUGCUAAAUAAAUUGUAUUUAUGUCAUGACAGUUAAAGAGGCAAAUAAUGGGAUUUUAAUUUUUUCCCCCAAAUAUCCAAAAGAGUAUAUAGAGAUGAUGCAUGGGAAUAAUAUACUCAUAUGCAUUUGGGUAGAGAUUU